CCGAGUCCCCGCGGCCGCUCGCAGAGCGACCUGUCGUCGUGCUCGAGUCGGGGCCGCCCGCUCCAGGUCCACAUCUCCGGCUCAGUUGAUGGACUGGACAAAGCUUCUAUAGCAAACUCAGAUGGCCCAACAGCAGGCUCCCAAACACCUCCCUUCAAGAGAAAGGGGAAACUCUCCACCAUUGGUAAAAUCUUUAAGCCUUGGAAAUGGAGGAAAAAGAAGACCAGUGACAAAUUUAGAGAAACAUCAGCAGUAUUAGAAAGGAAGAUUUCUACAAGACAAAGUAGAGAGGAGCUGAUAAGAAGGGGAGUUCUUAAGGAAUUGCCUGAUCAAGAUGGAGAUGUAACAGUUAACUUUGAAAAUUCAAACGGGCACAUGAUACCCAUCGGAGAGGAAUCUACCCGAGAGGAAAAUGUAGUAAAAUCUGAAGAAGGUAAUGGCUCUGUAGCUGAAAAAGCACCACCUCUGGAGGAAAAGGCAGAAGAUAAGAAAGAGAACCCUGAAAACCACUCUGAAACACCGGCAGCUCCUGGUCUACCUCCUCCAGCUCUUCCUAAACCUACACCCAAACCUAAGCCCAAAAAAACACCUGUUCCUCCAAAAGGGGCUGCUGCUAGGGCCGGCCCCAAGGGUGACGAAGUGCCUCCUAUUAAAACAAUUACCAAGGCUCCUGGUAAGCAGGCCCCCGUCCCUCCACCCAAGCCAACAAGCCGAAAUGCAACCCGAGAGGCUGCUGGUUCCUCUCAUUCAAGAAAAACAACUGGCUCCAAAGCAACAGCUUCACCGUCUACUUCCUCCACCUCAUCUCGUCCUAAAGCUUCAAAGGAGACAGUUUCUAGCAAAACAGGGAUGGUGGGACUCACAAAGGGCAAGAAAAAAACUGGCAAGCAGCCAACGUCUCAGCCGUCCUCAGAUGCAACCACUUCUGGCAUAUCUGACCUUAAAGGAGAGCCUUCGGAGACCAGGGUGGCGAGUCUCAAACCCGAGCAGACUGCCCCUGGCACCGAGGAGCAGACCACAGGCAGACCCAAGUCCGCAGUCCCUCUGCCCGCUGUGGCUCCAGCACCUCCUGCCCCCACCCCUCCUCCUGCUCUGGAGGAGCGGAGUGUUGUUUCCUCAGACAUGCCUGUCGUCCUGGUCAGCAACGGAGCCGAGCUGCCCGCCCCUGCCUCAGACCCAAGUCAGCUUCUCUGGACUGAAGAGACGACAGACAGCACCACUGUCCACUCAGGCACUGGCUUAAGUGUUAGCAGAGAAAAUGCAAAAUGUUUCACAACCAAAGACGAGCUGGGGAAGGCAGCGCCUCAGCUCCUGACUCCUGGGCUGAUGGAAGAAUCUUCAGAAUCCUUCAGUGCCUCAGAGGACGAAGGCCAAAGGGAAUACCAGGCCAAUGACUCUGACUCUGAUGGGCCUAUCUUGUACACCGAUGACGAUGACGAUGAAGAGGAUGAGGACGAGGAUGGCAGUGGAGAAAGUGCUUUGGCAAGUAAAAUACGACGAAGGGAUACCCUUGCUAUCAAACUCGGCAACAGACCGUCUAAGAAGGAAUUAGAGGACAAAAACAUCUUGCAGCGGACCUCUGAAGAAGAGAGGCAGGAAAUCCGACAGCAAAUUGGAACUGAGCUUGUCAGGAGACUUAGCCAGAGGCCCACAACUGAAGAAUUAGAGCAAAGAAAUAUCCUGAAGCAAAAGAAUGAAGAAGAAGAGCAAGAAGCAAAAAUGGAGCUUAAACGCAGACUCAGCAGAAAGCUCAGCCUGAGACCCACAGUGGCAGAGCUGCAAGCUCGAAGGAUCCUGCGGUUUAAUGAGUAUGUAGAAGUCACCGAUUCACCUGACUAUGAUCGCCGGGCAGACAAGCCCUGGGCCAGGUUAACACCUGCAGACAAGGCGGCAAUAAGGAAAGAACUAAAUGAAUUUAAAAGUACAGAAAUGGAAGUUCAUGAAGAGAGUCGACAGUUUACCAGGUAG